AAUACCUUAUCUACAACACUAAAUGCGGGCACAGCUCCACUGAUUGUUCUGUGAAACGCCUAACUGCUUAACUCAUUGAUAUAGAGACUAUUCUUGCUCGGCUAUAUCACAGAAAUGCAGGGUUUGUACGCAUGAGCUCACAAAUGUGUCGUCACCUCACCCUGGCCGUAUAUCAGCCAUAAAUAAAAUAUAAGCGCUGCCAAACGCACCGCAACCUCAGUGUGCUAAACAACCGCAAACAUGAAUUGCAUUUGGAAACUUGCCUUUGUCCUCUCCGUGCUUUUCCUUGUAGACAAUAAUGCAAGCUCUAUAAGGACAGAAGAUGUCUCCACUAAAGAUGUUCCUGUGCCCAAAGAGGAUAAUAAACUAGACGUCGGAUCGGAGAUUCCUGAGGUGCUGGAAGUAGACGCUGUAGCUGAUAAGAUAGAAGAGAAUAGCACUCGGCAGUGUGCUGAAAUCGGAUCUUUCUGCAUCAUCCACUCGGAAUGCUGCUCCAACGCCUGUCUGGGAUACAUGAGGCGAUGCGUCUCCGGCUCAGGAUAGCGUGGCUUCAACAUUUAUUUAUAUAAUUACUGAAAACUUGACAGAAAACACAUUUGCUUGCAAUGCAGUAAUAAUGGCACAAUCGCAGACAAGGAUUCUGCAAUGAGAAAAGUAGUGGGGCAGGGAAGAAGGCAGCUUUUCCUUGAUUGACUUGUCGAUAGGAAGGAAGGAUUCUAUCCUAUAUCUACACAUAGCAGACGGCCUUCUAGGUUUAACACAAAAGCAGUCGGCGUUCGGCGUGCAAUCAUAUGAUGCGAGUAAAUGUGUUUUCCCUCGAGUUUCUUAUUUUAUACAAAAUCUAUUUCUUAAUUUUACGAACGGGAUGGAUUGGGUGGUUCAUAUGGCUCAAGUCUGGAGGGUUGGCGUUGAAGUGCCGGAUCUCCUUCAUCGCGUCUUCUGAGAUCUUCCAUAGCUCUGGGUAGUCUUUUUUGAAGUCUUCGUACCACUGGCUGACCUGUAAACAUUUUAGAAAUAAAACGUUAGUUAAGUAAA